GAACGCAGCCGCUCACCUGUCUGACAGGAGGUGUUGAACUUUCACCUUCACAGCGACAUUUGCAUGCCAUGCCUGUUCACAGGUCUGUUGCUGUUAAACACACGACAUUUUUAGGAUGCACUGUCCUGUCAGCCCAAAUAAUGAGGGCUUACUGAACCGGUUAAAAUACGAUGUCAAGUGACGCAGGAGAGCUGGAGCUCCGAGUUGUAGGAGGAGACACAACUACGCCUAACAAGACAGCACGAGCAACACGGAAUACAGCUGCAAGACAACAGCAGGAUCAAACAUAUGAUGAAAGGUUCAAGCAGGAAAGUCACCAUGAUGAUGAUGAAACCCCAAAUGAACAGCAAUGUCACCCAUCAGCCAUCAGACAGGAAGAAACACACAAAGCACUAAUAUUAAAGUUGGACAGACUAAGAAAGGAAGAAGCUGGACAUUGUGGUGAUUCAAAGGUCCAGACCCAGAAGCCCUUUGGAGCCAGAUUCACCUCCUGCCUCUUCUUCAGACUCUCCAUAAACCCAGGUCUUGACAAACCAGAGCUAAGACUCGAGAAGAAUUCAGACCCCUGUCUGCACAGUUUAACUGAAACACAGAGGACUGAGACUGAGAACAGCAGCUGUCAGGUUAAUGGACAAACAACUACCAAGGACUUGAGUAUAACUCACAGUUUCUCAAAUAGAAAGUUUGGACCACAUGAGUGUAAUGGCUUGCACAUACUUCCAUGUGGGCCGCAACCAAGGACUGGCACUAGAUUCGUUGAGUUAGAAGAAGAUAUAAAAGACCAUACAAAGCUUGGGAAACAUACUGAUCUUGUGGAAUUAUCCAACCCUACUGGAACCAUGUUGUCUUCCACUGUGGUAACAGUUCUUGCACCACACUGGAGUAGCCGACUAAGACGGACCAAAAGACCUGAAGGAAAUGGCAAUUCGGAAUCCCAGGGGAAUUUACAAGAUGUGGCAAAUCGUGCACAUGAACGCUUCCAGGAGACUGUGGACAGGUCAUUGACAGAUGGAUCGCAGGCUCAAUUAAAGGUGCCAUUUCUGGGUACCAGGAGGAAUACAGUGGGCUGGUCAACUAAGAGUGGUCCUGCAAGCUUGGACUAUGACUCUAAGAGAAAAAUGAUCCAGACUGUCUCUUUGGAUGUAAACUCUGGAAGGAUGGACAAUAGAAAAAUGGAUGCAGGCGCUUUAAGCCAUGUACCAACAACAGCAUCUCUCAUGUCUCCCCUCUCCCUUGAUCCAAAUGAACAAAGGAGGAAUCCACAAACUGGUCAUCAAGGAGGACUUUCAUCUCUAAGCUCAAAACCAACAACAAGCAGUCUGCUUCUGUCUUUAAGAAGAUUCAACUCAAAUGGCAGGAAUUCUAAUGCAACCUCCACCCUUAGUGAGAUCCAUCCUUCACCCCUGAGAAGUUCGCCAAGUGAUCAAGAUGGAAAACUAUUCACAACACACCUAGCUCAACCCUUUCUCAAUGAUAAUGGGCAAGAGAGGUCCAAGCCCCUCCUCUCUCCAUCAUCCUUUUCUUAUAGGACAACUGAAACUGGGCCUAUCAAUACCCCAUCAUCCUCCAAUCAAAGAGAAAGAAACAAAUUGGAAACACGCUUCUUUUCAGCUUCACCCAUGAACAAAGACGCCCCCUUUUCCCAACAACCUCAAAUGAUGAAUAGAACCCACUCUGGUCUUUUAUCUUCCAAACAGGCAUUUCUAAGUAGACAACCAUUAGAGAGGCAAGAGAACUGCAGGGAUUUGGAGAAAAGUACAAACAUAUUCUCAGAGAGCUCUGACUCCUCACACAGACAUUCCCCAUAUGACCGUUCUGCCUUCCAAAUGACCCAUUCCCUUCCUAGAAGGACCACCCUGACAUCCACUACCUGGUGGAAACAAGUUACUCAGGAAGGCAGUUCCCCUCUAAUCCCCAAUGAUACAAUGAACAUCAAAGAAAAACCAAACACACCCUUCAGUGAUCAUAGAGACUUGCCCUCUUCAAGUUUAACUGACAACAAAAUGUUCAGUAGUCAAAUCCCCGAAAACAGAGACAACAAUAACACAACAGAGUCAGUUUUCAAAGGUAACAUGAACCUUUUUAUGCAGACACAGGGAGGAACUUACAACCUCAAACAAAAAUAUGCUGUGGGUUCACCUGACUAUAAAUCAGACAGGUUGUCAAACAAAACAAAUUUAAACAACAGAGAACCACAAAAGACUCAUAGUUUGCCUGGUGUUUUGUCUGGUUCUAAAAUUAGCAGAGCUACAGAGCAAACAACAUUGACUCACCCUAAAGAUCUUAGAAGGCAUGAUGUAAAUAGUAGUUCAUUUAAAGCAAAUGUAACUGAAAUAACGCCUACUUUGCUAAAUCCCAAGAGCUCAAAUACACCCUCUGAGAGCAUCAGCAACUACAAUAAUAAUCAUUUUACAUCCAAAACCAACAGCACCCUCACAUCUUCACACAACAAGGACUCUCAAAAGUUUACCAAACCACCUUUUUCACUUGCUACCACCAACACUCUUAAUGGUCAAGCUCUUCCAUCUAAAACUACCUCUGGUCUACCCCUAACCAAAGACACUAAAACUAAUUCCUCCUUUCACUCUCAUCCAGUUUCUUCACUGACCAAUAUUCAUACAUCGUCAUACACUGGCUCUUCUUCCCAAACACCCAAAUUCACCAACACAGCCAAUGCCACACCGCUUGGCUUUGAAAGAAGCUAUGCUUCCAUUCAUAGGCCUUUCCGCCCUAAAACUGUGUCCAGCCUGAUUUCCGCAGGCAAUGCUUCCUCUAAAACAAACUACAGUCCAGUAUCUACUGCUUCUACCAGCUCUUCUUUUCUACCUGGCAUCCAUCCUGCAGCCACAACUGCCCCCAGCCCAUCCUUCCUUUCUCCUCCUGUCACUCCUGCCAUUGCAUAUUCUCCAACCACUGUCACUGUUUCCUUUCCCUUAACCCCCCCUGCCACCCCGAUCAUUACCAGCCCCAACUACUCAGACUCUUCCAGUCCUAAUGAGGGAAGGACACGCUCAACCAGCCCAGACAGCGACCCAAAGAAACUGCUUCCCCAUGUAGAGGGAAAGAGAGUGAGACGGGUAACAUGGGAGGACUCAGUGGAUCUGAAGCAGUCUGAGCCCGUCACAGUCGAGAAGCCAGAGCCAUCUAAAGUCCAGACGAGCCCUGUAACUUCCCUCAGUUCCCUGCAAAGCGUCAAAGUUCAAUCCAUCUUUUCCUUUCUAAGAUCAAGCAGUCCAAACACAUAUCCUCUUUGCUGCCCCAGUCCUAAGACCUCAAGCAUACAGGUAGUGAAAGGCGGGAAGCAUCGAUCCUUAUCAUCUGACUCUGUUGAUUUGGCAUCCAGAGACCGAGAGACAUCUAAGCAAAGACCUAGUGACACUCUGGUCUUUGACCAAGGAAGACAGGACUUAUUCACAUCCAGACAAGAGAGGACACUUUCAGUGGAGUCUAGCACAGUUCAGUGCCAUUCUUCACCUCCUCUCUCCCUCCCUCCAGAUUUUUCAAGUGGUUAUAAGCUUCGAUAUAGCUCCCCUCCUUACUCCACUCUCAUGUCUACCAGGUCAACACAGGGAGAAACUAAGACUAUAAUACCUAGAUCACCCCUCUUCAAAAGGUCUCAGUCAGAUUAUACCCCACGUCUUUCCAUACGUACAGAUCCAGUUGCAACCAUGGCCUUGCCCAUGUCCAAACCCCCUCUGUCGCCUAUCAGCCUGCCCCAGACCCUGUCUUUGCCUUUCCAAAACAAAACUGACACCCAAGGAAGUACAAAGUGUGGAGUUUCAGAAACUGAUCAAAUCAACAAUAAUCACAGCAAGAACAGCCAAGAUCGCCAGAAUAGUCAGAUAUUACUUGUCAACAACAGACUUCAUAAGGCACACACCUCUUCCUCAACAUGUGUAACUGAGACACUGGUUUACAGUAUUAAAUCUAAAGUAGAUACAGCUGCCCCAAGGAACACCACACCUAAACCUUUGCAACAUACUGCAAACACACCAGUUUCUGUGGAGACCAAGUUAAGUCAACAGUCACACAGAGUGCAGAGUAAAGACGCUAGAGAACCACAUAGUCAUUCAGAUCAGAGCUCCAGUGGUAGCAGCUCAGCAGAGAGUCAGCCCCACAGGGAAAGGUCUAAAAGAAGAAUGAAGGAGACUGUACUGGGUAAAAGCCGAUUUUUUUCAGUAGAGGGCAACAAUGAACAAAGCCCAAGGAGAAGCCGGUUUGCAUUAAAAAAAAGUGUCAGCACACCAAACUCCAGCUUGUCAAGGUCCGAAUCAGAUAGGACCAGCAAGACUUCUAACAAAAUGGACCAAGUCUUUAACAGACUUAGACAAACAUUCAGCACCAGACGGUCUAAUGAUGAUAUAUUUCGGAAGCGAGCCCUCCAAACAUCUUCUGUUAGUGGAUCAAGUGACGUCAGUGAUAUCCCUGUUGAGAGUAGCAAAAUGCUAGAACAGCAGGAGCAGGAGAAAGGGAUGGUGCUGAGUGACAAUAAAAGGGGAACCGAGGGUACAAAUAGAUGGACACAAAACAGACACGCUCUCAUACCACCCUCAGCUGCUGGGAGCCCCAUGGCAGGAGAUGAGCUUUACACCUGGUCAGACAAAUCAACUCCAGAAACUGAGAAAGAUGAGCAAAAGGCUUGUGCAGAACACAUGAAAAGUCAAGACCAAACUCAUUUGAUAAUCCACAGCCCAACAACGCACCAAUUUGACUUUUACAACGACAAUGGGACAGUUUAUAUACCGAAAAAGCAGUUCCUCUCUUGUAGAGAUCCCAGUUCUGGUAGGAGCCCUAACCUCUCCGCUGAUUAUCCUACUCCGUUCAAGAAGUCCACAUCAAGCCCCAGGAGCCCUUUCUCCCCCUUCUCCUCUCUUUCCCCUGUCUCCCCAUUUACCUCACCGGAUGCUACAGAUGACAGUGUCUUCUAUAGCCCAAAGCUACUGCGUCGUGGAGAAUCCUCCUCACCACGGGAGCCGGGAGAGGGACUCAGCCUGGGAGGUUCAAGAAGAAGACGGGCAUCCACUGGUCCUCCAAGUGCAGGACAAGGACAGGAGAAGGAAUGUUUGGCAUCCUCCUAUGCAGACCUAAAGUAUGGCAUUGAGCCUGGGAGAUCUUUUUCUGUGAGUUCGGUACUGUCCAGUCGACCCUCAGGUCCUGGUCGCAUCUCCACUGGAUCCAGGUUCAUGAGUGUAGGUGACCUCACUGAAUCUGCCUCGACUUGUGGAGGCACUGGCAGAGACUUGGAUCAGUGGUCGGUGACUCCUGAUUGGAACACAGAAUGUGAUUACCAGCCCAGUAAGGACUGCCGAAUGUCAUAUUUCCUCAAUGACCCUGGUAAAAUGAGAUCAAGAUCUCUUCCUCGAUCACUGACCAGGCGCUUGGCAAAUUGGAGCUCAGAAGUCUCUUCUUCUCAACCUGUAACUACCACAACUUCAAGGGCAGCCCGGCUAAGGAGCCCUAACAUGAACACUUGUCACUUCCCAUGGGAUACAGAGGGUCCUCCCACCCCUCCUCCAACGCCUCCCCUGUCACCAGUGUCCAGGCGCAUGUCCAAACCUUCCAGCCCUUCCUCCCCUACCUUUCCCAGCUCAUCAGGAGCACCACAGCCAUUGGACAGCCAGUCCUCCAGAGGGCAUCUGCCCUCCAGAGGUUAUAAAUCCAGCCUUAGCACCUUUGAUGAGUCUUCAGACAGCAGCUCAGACACAACGACAGAUGAUGAAUAUUACUUAGAAACAGGUGAAGACAAAGAAAAAGAGACAGAAUUGUGAAAGCAGACCAAAUGCUUUAAAUCCUCCCUCCUGUCAAGUCUCUGUGAUCCUGGACUUCAUUAUCUACCAGCACAAAGAUGAGCCAACAUCUUAUUAUAUAAAGUGACCUUCUCUACUUGGCUCCUGUUUUUUGUACUCUGCUCUCUCAUUGUCACAAAGGAGACGUGAGGUAUAUGGUGACAGUUUUUUGCCUGCAUGAUUUGCUUCUCAAAAGCAGUGGUUGCUGUCAUGUCAAAAAGACAUUAAAUGAUCAAGCAUGAUAUUAUCAGCAUAGGUUUAAAGAGUAUAAUAUAUGUAUGUGCAGUAUACUGUAUAUGACUGCAGAUCUGCAAUCUGCAUUGUUUAACAUGUAUAGUUUGGACAGGUGCAUGGCAUCACUAAGCGUUGUUCAUCUGUGUAGUUUUAAUGAUCAAACUUCUGUGUAAAGUUAGAAUUUCAACGUAAAGCUUAUCUUUAGUUUUGCAUUUCAUCUUGCUAUUUAACAAUAAGGUAAUAUUGAUAAUUGUGUUAUGUAAUAUAUAUUAUCAUUGGUUUUCUUCUGUUUCAAGAUUGAAAUGAGUUGUGGUAAAUGUUGUAAGCAUAAAGCAGAUUUAUUUUCUUAGUGUUGCUUUGGAAACAGUUUAUUUUUAAAUUCUGAGAGGAAAAGUAAUAAUACUGUAUGUUAACAUUUAAUGUCGAACAAAGUGCUUUAAACAGUGCCUGCUCUUAUUUGUACAGUGGUAAU